UUGAGCCAUCACGCUCACCGUACUGGUUGCGUGUCCAACAUUUCGCGCGAGUUUUGAUAUAGGAAACUUAUUGUUGGCGUAAACUGUAGGGUUUUUUGCUUUAAAGGGUUUACUUAACAUCUCAGUGGAAGCGCUGCGUUUAAGCUGAACACGACGAUCAUGUAAGGUUUCAAACAUUCACUUAGAGGAAACACCAAACAUGAGGAGGAGCCUGGCGCCCAGUCAGCUGGCUAAGCGCAAACCAGCCGGACAGGCCUGCGGUGACCGGGGGCUCACAGGAAACACCGAGAAGAGAAGGAAAGUGGAUGGGAUGAGGGAGAGUCACAUUUCUCCCUACAGGGAGCCUCUGACACAACUUAACAAGUGGCCUGGAAGCAUGGAAGCUGACAGACAUGAGUCAUUUAUCCGAAGCAUUCUCUCCAAGCCUUUUAAAAUUCCUAUUCCCAAUUACACAGGUUCACUAGGCAGCAAAGCACUUGGCCUAAAGCAUACAGGAGUAAGGAAAUCGCUCCAUGAUCCAUUUGCAGAAGAUGCUUUGGUUCUUUAUGAGCCGCCGACUCUGAGCGCUCAUGAUCUGAUCAAAGCUGACAAGGAAAAGCUUCCAGUUCAUGUUGUUGUGGAUCCAGUAUUGGGAAACGUUCUCAGACCCCAUCAGAGAGAGGGAGUGAAGUUCCUUUGGGACUGUGUGACUGGCAGACGCAUCCCUGGAUCCUACGGCUGCAUCAUGGCUGAUGAGAUGGGCCUGGGAAAGACUUUGCAGUGUAUCACUCUCAUGUGGACCUUGCUACGCCAGAGCCUUAAUGCCAAGCCAGAGAUAAACAAGGCAAUUGUGGUUUCACCAUCUAGUCUGGUUCGGAACUGGUAUAAUGAAGUAGGAAAGUGGCUUGGAGGUCGUAUUUCACCAGUGGCAAUCGAUGGGGGCUCAAAGGAGGAUAUUGAUAAGCAACUAGUGAACUUCAUGUCCCAACAUGGUUUGAAAGUAGCAACACCCAUCCUGAUAAUUUCUUAUGAGACAUUUCGACUUCAUGCUGACGUCCUACACAGGGGCAAAGUUGGACUUGUGAUCUGUGAUGAGGGGCAUCGACUGAAGAAUGCUGACAACCAGACUUACCAGGCUCUGCAUGCUAUGAACGCCCAGCGGAGAGUGCUGAUAUCAGGCACUCCAAUCCAGAAUGACCUGCUGGAGUAUUUCAGUCUGGUCCAUUUUGUAAAUGCUGGAAUCCUUGGUACUGCCCAGGAGUUUAAGAAGCGAUUCGAGCUUCCCAUUCUGAAGGGUCGGGAUGCAGACGCCAGUAACAGAGAUAGAGAGGAAGGAGAAAAAAAACUCAAGGAACUCAUCAGCAUCGUCAACAGGUGUUUGAUUAGGAGAACAUCGGAUAUCCUGUCAAAGUAUCUUCCUGUGAAAAUUGAGCAAGUUGUGUGCUGCAAACUAACUCCUUUGCAGAUAGAACUGUACAAGCGCUUUCUGAAGCAGGCCAAACCCACAGAGACAUUGCAGGAAGGCAGAAUCAAUGUCUCCUCACUGUCUUCUAUCACAUCUCUCAAGAAGCUGUGUAACCAUCCAGCUCUCAUUUAUGACAAGUGUGUUGAAGAAGAGGAGGGCUUUGAGGGCGCUCUCGAUCUGUUUCCUGCUGGUUACUCCACUAAAGCACUUGAACCUCAGCUGUCUGGUAAAAUGGUGACUCUCGACUACAUUUUGGCUGUGACGAGAUCCACAACUGGUGACAAAGUGGUGCUGGUUUCCAACUAUACUCAAACACUGGACCUCUUUGAAAAGUUGUGCAGAUUUAGAAGGUACCUCUAUGUUAGACUGGAUGGCACAAUGUCUAUCAAGAAAAGGGCUAAGAUCGUGGAAAAAUUCAACAGUCCACAAAACCCUGAAUUUAUUUUCAUGCUGAGCAGCAAGGCGGGUGGAUGUGGCCUCAAUCUGAUUGGUGCCAAUCGCUUGGUAAUGUUUGAUCCAGACUGGAAUCCAGCCAAUGAUGAGCAGGCAAUGGCCCGUGUGUGGAGAGAUGGCCAGAAGAAGACCUGUUACAUCUACAGACUGAUCUCUACUGGAACCAUUGAGGAGAAGAUCCUGCAGAGACAAGCCCAUAAAAAAGCCCUGAGCAGCUGUGUGGUGGAUGAGGAGCAGGAUGUGGAGCGUCACUUUUCUCUAGGCCAACUUAGAGAACUCUUCACACUCAAUGAAGAAACUGUCAGUGACACACAUGACAAGUUUCACUGCUGUCGCUGUGUAAAUGGCAGAGAGGUCCGACUGCCUCCAGAAGGUGCUGACUGUACCAGUGACCUUUCCCAGUGGAACCACUGCUUUGACAAGAAGGGACUGAGGGACCAAGUGCUGAAAGCCUCCUGGGACAGUGCUGUCUCCUUUGUCUUUCAUCAACGCUCUCAUGAGGAUCAGAAGGGUGUUAUAUGAAACGGGAAUUGAACUAAAUGUUUUAAAUUUUCUGUAGAUACUUAUUUAUUUGGAUUUACUUUUUGACUUCUACUGUUCCCUCUUGUGUUUAAUAAAACAGGAUCACAUAUGCAGCCAUAUUUACAGUGGAAGACAUGUUGGAAGGUCAUUAACCUCCACAAAUGUAGCUGUGGCAGGCAUGUCUCUAAUGUGUAGAGAUUGCACUGCUAUGUGGUAAACGCUGGUGAAAUAAGGUUCAGGUGGGUGUUGGUGCAUUGGUGUCAUCCAGUUUUCGUUUCUUUAUUUAGCAAAAACUUAUUUUAUGCAAACAUUUUUCUUAGGAGCUCCAAUUCCUAUACUGCCGUCUGUAAUUACUGAAAGGUGUGCUUUAAAAUGUCCAGACAUUCCAGUGUCUUCCAAUAAACUUAUAACAUUCAAAUCUGUA